AUGGCCGUGAGGACACGUGUCAAAUGGUCGGACCAAAUCACAUUGCCACAUGAUGGCUUUCCUCGCUACGGAAUCUUACCCUAUUCUGUGCGUCUGUUUCUUUCCUUUAUCUCAAUUCACCGUUUUUUUUUUAAUGUUGUUAUUCUUUUGCCUAUUUUUUCUUCUCAUGAAUUUUUCCACACACUCUACCUCCCUAUCUUUCUUUCUUUCUUUAUUUAUUUCUGUCUUUCUUUUUUCUUUCUUUCUUUCUUUUUCUUUCUUUCUUUCUUUUUUCUGUCUUUCUUUCUUUAUUUUUUCUUUCUUUCUUUCUUUUUCUGUCUUUCAUUUUUCUGUCUUUCUUUCUUUUUCUUUCUUUUUCUUUCUUUCUUUCUUUUUUCUGUCUUUCUUUUUUUCUGUCUUUCUUUUUUCUUUCUUUCUUUCUUUCUUUCUUUUUUUCUUUUUCUGUCUUUCAUUUUCUUUCUUUCUUUCUUUUUUCUGUCUUUCUUUUUUCUUUCUUUUUCUGUCUUUCAUUUUUCUUUCUUUCUUUUUCUUUCUUUCUUCUUUUCUUCCUUUUGUUUUUUCAUUCUUUCUUUUUUCUGUCUUUCUUUCUUUCUUUCUGCCUUUCAUUUUUCUUUCUUUCUUUCUUUCUUUCUUUUUUUUUCUGUCUUUCUUUCUUUCUGUCUUUUAUACUUUCUUUCUCUCACUGUCCGCCUCUCUGCUUAUAUCACUCGCUUACUCCCUUUUCUGAUAUUCUCUCUUUACCUGCCUUCUUCGACUGCAAAAAUUACGCUUUUUAACUCUCGCUUUGAUCUUCUCCCCAUCUAUUUCUUACACUUUUCUUGUGCUUUCUUGUCGCCCCCCCCUCUGGCAGGAUGUGACUACAAGGCCAGUUUAACGUGGAGACAUGAGCGCCUUUCUUUCACCUCAUACUGUCUUCUUUCAGCAUCUAUUUUACACUUUUCUUGUGCUUUCUUCGCCUUUCUUUCACCUCAUACUGUCCUUUCUUUCUUGUCGCCCCCUCCUCAGUUUGGCGGAACGCAUGAGCGCCUUUCUUUCACCUCAUACUGUCUUCUUUCAGCAUCUAUUUCUUACACUUUUCUUGUAAUUUUUCAUCUCUUUUUUCUUUGGUUUUCUUUUUGUUCUCUUUCCAUCACUCUAUCUUUCUCUAUUUUUUCUCUUCUCUCUGCUUAUCUAUUUCGCUAUCUCUCUAUUUUAGUUCUUGCUUUCAUGUUCACUCAAUCUUUAAUUUUGCCCCCCACCUCCCACAUCUGUCUUAAUUUGACUCUUUUUCUUUGUCUUCUUUGUGCAUCUUUUGUUUCUCUUACUUCUUUUCCUUCAUUUCUUCUUUUUCUCUAUUUCUUCUUUUCCUUGUAUCACUCGUUUCUUCCUCGUACUUUUCCUUCUGCCCAUAUCUCUCCAUCUGUAUUUUUGCCUUUUGAGAACAUCUGUUAUUUCUCUUUCUCUAUUUCUUCCUCUCUCUCUCUCUCUUUCUCUCUCUCUUUCUCUCUCUGCAACUAUCUUUCUUUCUCUUUCUUUUAA